AUGGGAGAAAUAGUUCUUAAUGUUGCUUCGAGUGGCAUAGCAAAUUUGCUGCUUCCCGGUGGCCGAACCGCUCACUCCAGAUUUGGACUGCCCAUCAUUGUGCACGAUGGUUCCACCUGCAACAUUACACAACAGAGUCCGCAGGCAGAAUUGCUUAUAAAGUCGAGACUUAUCAUAUGGGACGAGGCCCCGAUGAUGCAUAGAUACUGUUUCAAAGCGCUAGACAAGACGAUGCGAUCUAUCACGCAUGUUCCCAAACCGUUCGGCGGCAAGGUGGUCGUUCUUGGCGGAGACUUUAGACAGAUUUUACCUGUUGUGCUGAAGGCAUCAAGGCAAGACAUUGUUCACGCUACGAUCAACUCAUCUCAGCUUUGGAAAGACUGUACGGUUCUUAAGUUGCAUACGAAUAUGAGGCUUCAAUCAAGCUCUAAUCCAUCUGAAGUUGAAGAAAUAAAGGAGUUUGCUGAUUGGAUACUGAGUAUCGGUAAUGGGGAGGCGGGAGAGCAUAACGAUGGUGAAGCGUCCGUUGAGAUUCCUGAGGACAUGCUAAUUCCCGAUUGUGAAGAUCCAUUAUUGGAGCUAUUGCAAUUUGUGUAUCCGGAUUUGUUGAGUAACAUAUCAAAUCCAGAUUAUUUCCAAGGAAGGGCAGUGCUUGCACCGACUAAUGACUGUGUGGAGUCUGUCAACGACUACUUGUGUUCUCUACUACCCGGCGAAGAGAAGUUGUACCUUAGCGCGGAUAGUAUGUGCAAGGAUGAGUUGAAUUCGGAAGAAAAUGCUGAAAUAUAUUCGACCGAAUUUCUCAACACCGUGUCUUGCUCCGGUCUCCCUUCACAUAGGCUGAAACUGAAGGAAAAUGUUCCUGUUAUGCUUAUACGAAACAUCGACCAGGCGAGAGGCCUUUGCAAUGGAACCAGACUUCAAGUUGUUAGGAUGGGAGUUCAUGUUCUUAGUUGCAAGGUUCUAUCCGGUAAAAAUAUCGGUGGUGUUGUUUUCAUUCCUCGGAUGACGUUGGUCCCAUCGAACUCUACUUUGCCCAUUAAGUUCCAGAGGCGACAGUUUCCGUUGAUGGUUUGCUUUGCAAUGACCAUCAACAAAAGUCAGGGUCAAACACUUUCUCAUGUCGGUUUGUAUCUACCCAAACCUGUAUUCAGCCACGGUCAGUUGUACGUUGCACUAUCGAGAGUGAAGAGUAGAUCUGGCAUAAAGAUCCUAAUAAAGUCUGAAUCCGGUGAAUCAUCGAGUUCUACUAGCAACGUGGUGUACAAAGAACACCGAGUUCAAGGCGGUGGGAGGAGCAACGACGGCCGGCACAAGGCCGUGGCGGAGCAGCGGCGCAAGGCUUUGACGGAGCAGCGGAACAGCCGGUGCGGAUCGGCGGAGCACGGCGGAGCGGCGGAGAAGGCGUGCGGCGGAGAAGGUGGAGAAGCGGAGCGGCGGAGAAGCGGAGAAGGCAAAGAAGCGGCGGUGGGAGGUGAGAGAGAAGAGAAAACGUGGGAGGAGGGAGAGAGAGGAGAAAACGGCUGGGAAGAGGGAGAGAGAAAAUAUUGGUGA